UGCUGCCCUCGCGCCCUCCUGUCCACCCUGCCCGCCGGCCAGGGCCCGGCCGCCCGCCCGUGGAUGAACCACAGGACCUCCUCCACCUUCAGAGCGGAGAGAAGCUUCCAUUCCUCCUCCUCCUCCUCCUCCUCCUCCUCGGCCUCCCACACCCUCCCGGCCCAGGACCCACCCAUGGAGAAGGCCUUGAGCAUGUUUUCCGAGGAUUUUGGCAGCUUCAUGCGGCCCCACUCGGAGCCCCUGGCCUUUCCAGCCCUCCCCACAGCCCGUCCUGGGGGGCCCGGCAACAUCAAGACCCUGGGAGAUGCCUACGAGUUUGCCGUGGACGUGAGCGACUUCUCACCUGAAGACAUCAUUGUCACCACCUCCAACAACCACAUCGAGGUGCGAGCUGAGAAGCUGGCAGCUGACGGCACGGUCAUGAACACCUUCGCUCACAAGUGCCAACUGCCAGAGGACGUGGACCCCACAUCGGUGACCUCGUCCCUGCGGGAGGACGGCAGCCUCACCGUCCGGGCUCGGCGCCAACCACACACGGAGCAUGUCCAGCAGAUCUUCCGGACCGAGAUAAAAAUCUGAGGGCCUCCCGGACCCCUCCCCUCCCCCAAUCCCCCAUCUCCUCCCCUACUGGCCGGCCAGAGUGGCUCUCCUGACCCCCUCGUGACAGCUUCCGGGACAUCUCAGCCCAGGUUCCAGGCCCUGACACCCACCCCCCCCCAGACCCCAGGUGGGUCAUCCCCGCAAAACGAGGCCUUCUGCUCUACCCAGAGCAGGACAAGGACCCCCUUGCCUCACCCGUGGCCCCCAGAUUCCAGAUGUGGCCUCUUUCACUUAAUCCAGAAGAAAGGGAUUGGGAUGGGGAACAGGAGAUCCCGGAGAACCCGGUUUGGGGAAAGGGGACUGGGACAGGCAGUUUCUCUGGGCAAAUAAUCUGCAAGACAGGCAGACAGACAAAUACGUUGAUCAGUGGAGUCUCUGCAGGGCAGGGGCAGGGGGACUGGGACCUGGGAACCUGGGACCCCCUUGGCCAAGGGGAGUGGGAGAAGCAGAGGGAGAUCACAGGCAGAGGUGCCCAGCUAAACUGAGCUGCCCGGGCACAGGGAGGCCAGGAGGAGACAGCCAUGAUGGUCUGCUUCCCCUCUGAUGCUCUCAAAGCCCCAAACCAGGUGCCCAUGUGGUGCCCCAUCCAGCCAGCUGUGCCAGGGCAGGGGUUUUUCCAACACAGCUGGUUCGUGAUAAACUGUGUGAACCAUCUGUUACCUGCCGAUGCCCGCAGGUAAGCCUGGGCCGAGGGGUGGGGCUGCUCCCUCCCCCUCCCACCCAGAGACCUGGGCUCCCCAGGCUGCCUCCGCUGCAGACAGGUCACCCCAAAAAGGGAGCAUGGAUGGGGCUUUGGGUCCUCAAGGUAGGACCCCGGCUUCCUGCCAACCUUCCCUUGUGGGCAUUCUCCUAUCCCCCUCCUUCCCCAUCUAUAAUCUGUGAAGCUAUAGGUUUGGUGUGUGUAUGCCAAACACACACACACACUCACACUCACUAUCACGCACACUCACAUUUAUCCUUGUCCUUCAAAUUCUAAGCAUUACCAUUGGUCGAAGCCAAAUUUGGAAUGUUCUAAAAUCAGAUUUACAAUCUCCAUUUUUAUCAAUGGGGACAAAAUCUGAGCAGCGGAGCACCCAGCUUACCCACUGAUGGUUGGAUUUGAACCCAGGAUGUCAGAAGCUGCUCUCAAACCGUGCCCCCACCUCUCUGUGCAGUGGGGAGUACUUCCCCUCCUUCUGUCUCUCAGCCUGCGCACCCUAUUCCCCGCAUCUUCCUGUUAGAGAAUGCCCGAAUCACAGGGAGUUCCCCAACCCCAGUUCCCUCCUAGUUCCCAGACCAGGGCAAGGACCUCCCGUCAGCCUUCAUUCUGGGGAGCCCCAGCUGCACCCCCCUGAGCAUGGCACCGUCUCCCACAUAUAGAAGCAGGGGUGAAGGGGAAGGGUGGUUCCCAGUCAGUUCGGGUCCCUGGAGUAAGUGGCAGGGUCAGCCUUGGCCCUCUGUGUCUCUUAGGUCAGUAUUCUAUAAGGUGGCCUCUCACCCCUGCCAUUCUGGGGCCCUUGAGGGACAGCUGGGGGGCAGGGGCAGGGGAGGGUCCUGGCAUUGUACCCUGCACACACAAUAAACAACAGAAUCAUGGACUUCUGGAGAUGACCCGCCUAAAGUUCUCAAA